UCGCGCGCGCGCCAUGGCGAUCGCGCGCGCGCGCGCGAGCGCGUCGAGGGGCUGCGUCGCGACGCCGUCGACGUCGCGCGCGCGCGCGAGGGCGCGCGAGAGCGUCGCGAGGGCGUUUCAACGCGUCGAGGGGGACAAGCGCGUCGAGGUGCGCAAAAGUGCCGCGCCUCGGACGCGCGAAACGGCGCGCGCGAGGGCGAACGCGCGCGUCGAGGCGAAAGGGGGACGAAACGAUUCGUUCCCAGACGUCCCGGGGCUGCCGGACGCGGAAGCGCUGAUGGCGAAAUACGCCGGGGACGCGGCGCGAGGGGCGGCGCGGGCGGCCAAGGGCGCGCUGCGCGGCGCCGGACCGUCGCGACGGACGGCGGCGUACGACGGCGUGUUCGCGCUGCUGUUCAUAAACUUUGCGUUGUUCGCGUGCGAUCACUGGGCGCACAUGGCGUUCGUGAAGACGCUGUAUUUGAAUCACGCGAAACCGACGUGGUGGCAGUUCGCGACGUCGACGUUUUGUCACGCGAACUGGGCGCACUUGAGUUCGAACAUCUUUUUUUUGUACAUCUUCGGGAAGCUGGUGGAGGAAGAGGAGGGAGCUUUCGGGGUGUGGAUGUCGUAUCUCGUCACCGGGAUCGGGGCGAACGUGGCGUCGUGGUUGUUGUUGCCUAAGAGCGUCGGAGGCGUGCUCGGCAUCGGCGGCGCGGCGACGGUGAGUUUGGGCGCCUCGGGCGCUGUGUUCGGGCUGUUCGCGGUGAGUGUGUUGGUGAAAUUGAGCUGGAACUGGCGAAGAUUGUUAGAAGUGGUGAUUCUCGGGCAAUUCGUGGUCGAUAGAUUUCUGAGUGAGGCGAAAAUGGUCGCCGCGGCGGGGAGCGGCGUCGGCGCGGGCAACGUCAAUCACGUCGCGCACCUCGGCGGCGCGUUCGCGGGUGUUUUAUUGAUCUUCUUUCUCACGCGCAUGGUUCCACCGUGA